UUUCUUAUUUUCAGACUGGAGGAUUUGGAUAGAGAAGAGGGAGAAAGGGAAAUAUUUUUUUUUAACUGGGCAGCCAUCUUUUAUUUUAUUGAGACCAUAUUAAAAGAAAAUUAGCCUCACCUUCAGUGGACGUCUCCUCUGAAGCUGAAAAUCUGGGCAUUCAGAGGGUUAAGUUUCAGGACUUUAUUCCUGUAUCUCGGAUGUGAUUUUCUUGUUAUGCGGUAAAGAUGCCCGGAUCGCUAAGCAAUGAAGAUGAGGGGCAAGACGAUAUGGAUUUUGAGGACGAUGUGCCAGAUGAGGAUGAGGAAGGUGAAAGUCAGAGGAGUGUUCCCCUGACACCCUUAGAGAGGUUCUUCUCUGAGGAUGAUUCGGUUAAACAACAUAAAAAGAAGAAACCCAGCAAGAUAAUGGAAGGAAAGGAACCCAAAGUUAAGAAAAAGAAGAAGAAGGAGGGGCUUCCUAGUGGGCUAGAUGACAUGUCAGACAGAGAGGAUCAUGGUCACAGGUCAGGAAGUGAGAGCAGCACCUUCAGCUCCCUGAAGAAGAAAAAGAAAAAGCCCAAAGAGAAGAAGGAGAGGAAAACAAAACAGCGAAAGAAAGAUGAUGAUGAGGAUGAUGAUGAUGACGAUGAUGGAAACUUAAAGGAGCCAAAGUCAUCCAGUCAGCUGAUGCAAGAGUGGGGUCUUGAAGAUGUGCAGUAUGCCUUCUCAGAGGACGACUAUAAAACCAUAACCAACUACAAAGCCUUCAGCCAGUUUCUUAGACCUCUCAUUGCCAAGAAGAACCCCAAGAUCCCCAUGUCAAAAAUGAUGACGGUGCUUGGAGCAAAGUGGAGAGAGUUCAGUGCAAACAACCCUUUCAAAGGCACCUCUGCAACUGCUGUAGCGGCUGCUGUAGCUGCUGCUGUGGAAACUGUCAAUGUGGCUCCGCCCAUCUGUAUUAGAAGUAUCCAACAGAUCUCACCAUCUGGCCCAAUCAAAAAAGCCAAAACCAAAGAGGGAAAGGGGCCUGGUGCUAAAAAAAAAAGUAAGCCAGUGAAAGAAACAAAAAAGAAAGGGAAACAGAAGAAGUCCAAAUCGAAAGCAGGCCAGGGUGGAAAAAGGAAAAAAGGCUCUUCGAGCGAGGAGGAUUUCCUGGAUGACUUUUCAGACUUUGAUGACAUCAGCAUUCACAGUGCCUCUGUACGCUCAGACACUUCAGCGGCACCCAAAAAGAAGUCAGCCCGACAAGGACGAAAAAAAAGAAAAAGAGAGGAUGGAGACGGCUACGAGACAGACCAUCAAGAUUACUGUGAGGUUUGUCAGCAGGGAGGAGAGAUCAUUCUAUGUGACACCUGUCCCAGAGCAUAUCACCUGGUGUGUCUGGAUCCAGAACUGGAGAAAGCCCCUGAGGGCAAAUGGAGCUGCCCCCACUGCGAAAAAGAAGGCAUUCAGUGGGAGGCCAAAGAUGAUGAGGAGGAGGAAGACGAGGUUGCUGGUGAGGAGGAAGAUGACCACAUGGAGUUCUGCAGAGUGUGUAAGGACGGAGGAGAGCUGCUGUGCUGUGACACCUGCCCUUCCUCCUACCACAUCCACUGUCUCAACCCACCACUUCCUGAAAUUCCCAAUGGAGAAUGGCUGUGUCCACGAUGCAUGUGUCCACCACUAAAAGGCAAAGUCCAGAAGAUUCUGCACUGGGUGUGGAGCGAUCCUCCUCUACCACCUGAGGUUCCCUUUGGGCGAGAUGGAGAGAAGGUGGAUGGUUUGGCUAAAAUGCCCCUAAAGGGUCGUCCAGAGAGGCAGCUGUUUGUGAAAUGGGCUGGGCUGUCCUACUGGCACUGCUCCUGGGUCAGCGAACUACAGUUGGAGCUAUAUCACUCAGUAAUGUACCGUAACUACCAGCGGAAGAACGACAUGGACGAACCACCACCAUACGACUAUGGCUCUGGGGAGGAGGAACUUAACAGUGAGAAGAGGAGGAGCAAAGACCCUCAGUAUGCAGCCAUGGAGGAACGUUUCUACCGUUACGGCAUCAAGCCGGAGUGGAUGAUCAUUCACCGGCUCCUCAACCACAGUUUUGAUAAGGAUGGAGAUGUACACUACCUGAUUAAGUGGAGAGAUUUGCCGUAUGAUCAGUGCACCUGGGAGGCUGAUGACUUUGACAUCCCAGAUUAUGACAGCUUUAAACAAGCCUACUGGGACCACAGGGAUCAUGUGCUCGGUGAAAGCCAUCACCCCCUGCUGUUCAGAAAGGGAAAGAGACUCAAAGAGGAAGGAAAGAGGAGAGAACCUCCACCAGACACUCCAGUUGUGGAUCCUACCAUCAAGUUUGAACAGCAGCCAUGGUACAUUGAUGACACAGGGGGAACUUUGCACCCAUACCAACUGGAAGGCCUGAACUGGUUGCGAUUCUCUUGGGCCCAAGGAACCGACACAAUCUUGGCUGAUGAAAUGGGGCUUGGCAAGACUGUGCAGACUAUAGUGUUCCUGUACUCACUCUACAAAGAGGGUCACUCCAAAGGGCCGUUUCUGGUCAGUGCGCCACUCUCCACCAUCAUCAACUGGGAGAGAGAGUUUGAGAUGUGGGCUCCGAAUUUCUACGUUGUGACUUACAUAGGGGACAAAGACAGCAGGGCUGUCAUACGUGAGAAUGAAUUUACCUUCGAGGACAGCACCGUCAAAUCAGGUCGCAAGGUUUUCCGCAUGAAGAAGGACGCACCGAUAAAGUUUCAUGUCCUGCUGACAUCAUAUGAACUGAUCACCAUUGAUCAGGCAAUACUUGGCUCCAUUACCUGGGCCUGUUUGGUUGUGGAUGAAGCCCACCGACUGAAGAAUAACCAGUCAAAGUUUUUCAGAAUUCUGAAUGGCUACAAAAUCUACUAUAAGCUGCUCCUGACAGGAACCCCUUUGCAGAACAAUCUCGAAGAGCUUUUUCACCUGCUCAACUUUCUCACCCCAGAGCGCUUCAAUAACCUGGAGGGCUUUCUGGAGGAGUUUGCGGACAUCUCGAAAGAGGACCAGAUUAAGAAACUACACGACCUGCUGGGGCCACACAUGCUCAGGAGACUGAAGGCAGAUGUGUUUAAAAACAUGCCGUCAAAAACUGAGCUUAUAGUGCGAGUAGAGCUCAGCCCAAUGCAGAAGAAAUACUACAAGUUCAUUUUAACACGGAACUUUGAGGCAUUGAAUUCCAAGGGAGGAGGGAACCAGGUGUCUCUUCUUAACAUCAUGAUGGACUUGAAGAAAUGCUGCAAUCAUCCCUACCUGUUUCCAGUGGCUGCAAUGGAAGCUCCAGUCUUACCCAAUGGUUCUUAUGAUGGCAACCUCCUGGUGAAAUCCUCAGGAAAACUCACCCUGCUUCAGAAGAUGCUCAAAAAACUGAAAGAUGAAGGGCACAGGGUUCUCAUCUUCUCUCAGAUGACAAAGAUGCUAGAUCUGCUAGAGGACUUCCUGGAGUUUGAGGGGUAUAAAUACGAGCGUAUUGAUGGGGGCAUCACAGGGGGGCUGCGACAGGAAGCCAUCGAUCGCUUUAACGCACCCGGGGCUCAGCAGUUCUGUUUUCUGCUGUCUACACGUGCUGGAGGAUUGGGUAUUAAUCUGGCAACUGCAGACACUGUGAUCAUAUAUGACUCUGACUGGAACCCACAUAAUGAUAUUCAGGCAUUUAGCAGGGCACAUCGUAUCGGGCAAAAUAAAAAGGUGAUGAUCUAUCGCUUUGUAACUCGGGCAUCCGUAGAGGAGCGUAUUACCCAGGUAGCCAAGCGAAAGAUGAUGUUAACCCAUCUGGUGGUGCGUCCCGGCUUGGGCUCUAAGACGGGCUCCAUGUCCAAACAGGAACUAGACGACAUCCUCAAGUUUGGCACUGAGGAGCUUUUUAAAGAUGACGCGGAAGCUGCCAAAGCGAUGGGAGAUAAUAAAGAAGGAGAUGAGGGCAGUGUGAUCCACUACGAUGAUAAUGCCAUUUCCAAACUGCUGGACCGUAGCCAGGAUGCCACCGAAGACACAGAGAUCCAGAACAUGAACGAGUACCUGAGCUCAUUCAAGGUGGCUCAGUAUGUUGUGAGAGAGGAGGACGGAGAGGAAGAGGUCCAGAGGGAGAUUAUUAAGCAGGAAGAGAAUGUUGAUCCAGACUACUGGGAGAAGCUCUUGAGGCACCAUUACGAGCAGCAGCAGGAGAAUUUAGCCCGGAACCUGGGCAAAGGGAAACGCAUCCGCAAACAGGUCAACUAUAAUGACGCCUCUCAGGAGGACCAAGAGUGGCACGAUGAUCUUUCAGAUAAUCAAUCUGAGUACUCCGUCGGGUCCGAGGAUGAGGAUGAAGAUUUUGAGGAACGUCCUGAAGGAGGACGCAGACAAUCUCGCAGACAGUUGAAGAGCGAUCGGGACAAACCAUUGCCACCGCUGCUGGCUAGAGUUAGUGGAAACAUAGAGGUUUUGGGAUUUAACGCCCGGCAGCGGAAAGCCUUCCUGAAUGCGAUUAUGCGCUGGGGUAUGCCCCCACAGAAGAUCUCAGACAACUCAGAAAACUCUUCUGAUAAUGUGUGUGAGCCAGGGGCAGAUGGAGCAGAGACAUUUGCAGAUGGAGUCCCGAGGGAAGGCAUAUCCCGCCAACAUGUUCUCACCCGGAUUGGUGUCAUGUCUCUGGUCCGCAAGAAGGUUCAGGAGUUUGAGCAUGUGAAUGGGAAGUUUAGUACACCAGAUUUGAUUCCUGUGGGAUUGGAGCUGAAAAAACUUACUGAAAGUGUCUCAUCGGACCCCAAUACGCCUGUUCCUGCCAGUCCGGUUCCGACUCAACCCAGCACACCUGUUCCUUCAGAAAAGACAGGGUCAGUGUCCGGUUCUCAAGAAGACAAGGAGAUUACAGAACCAGAGAGUACCAAAUCGCUGGACCCUGAGCAGCCAGUUAUGCCAGAACCCUCCACUGCACCAGAGAAAACCAAUGAGGGAGAAGAACCAAAAAGCGGAAGUCCAGAAGGAAAAGGAAUGGAAGAGACCGAGAAGAAUGACACCCCAAUUGUCCAUUCAGAGCCAUCGCCGCUUAAUAAACCUAGUGAGCAGUCAGCCAAUCAGACACCUUUAGACUGUGGUAAAGGGAAAGAAACUUCUCCGGAGAGAGGGGAAAAUAAACCCAGCCCAGCAAAAAUAGAUGAUAAGGAGCAAAAACCAGUUUCUGCAGCCAUUCCUGAUGAUUUAAAAUCUGAAGACCCCCCUGAGAACCAACUGAAUGGAGAGAAAGACACGAGGGACGACGUGGAUGAGAGCCACAGAGAUGACAAGAACAGCAUCAAGACUCGUUUCAUGUUUAACAUCGCAGAUGGAGGAUUCACAGAAUUACACACGCUAUGGCAGAACGAGGAACGCGCAGCUGUGUCAUCUGGCAAAAUGUACGACAUCUGGCACCGUCGCCAUGACUACUGGCUGCUAGCUGGCAUCGUAACACAUGGCUAUGCCCGCUGGCAGGACAUUCAGAACGACCCACGGUACACCAUCCUCAAUGAGCCUUUCAAGACUGAAAUGCACAAAGGGAACUACUUAGAAAUGAAGAAUAAAUUUCUUGCCAGACGUUUUAAGCUCCUGGAACAGGCUUUGGUAAUUGAGGAGCAGCUUCGGCGCGCGGCAUACCUGAAUAUGACUCAGGAUCCCAGUCACCCCACCAUGGCCCUCAACACACGUUUCACAGAGGUGGAGUGCCUGGCUGAGUCCCAUCAGCACCUCUCCAAAGAGUCACUGGCUGGUAACAAGCCAGCCAAUGCUGUGCUGCACAAAGUGUUGAAUCAGCUGGAGGAGCUGUUAAGCGAUAUGAAGGCUGAUGUGACGCGGUUGCCCUCUAUGCUUUCGCGGGUCCCACCCGUGUCGGCCCGGCUCCAGAUGUCAGAGCGGGGCAUCCUCAGCAGACUCACCAGCCGGGGCAACGAGCCGCCACCUCAGCAGCCUUUCCCUCAGGGCUCUUUCGGCUGUUCUCAGAUGUAUAAUAGCGGUUUCGCCGGAGGUUUCCGUGGACCUGGAGGCACUGCGAUGGUGAACUACAGCCAGAUGCCCCUGGGGCCGUACCUCAGCGUGUCCUCAAACGGACCUCCAACCCCAACCAGCCACCUAGAGAAGAAGUCCAGUGAUGCUCUGCGAGAUGUGGCCACACCUGAUUUGAAAUCAGGCAAGCCUAGCGAUGUUAUAUGCAUUGAGGACUAGCACGCAGCCAUUCCGUACUCUUUCUGUACAAUACCUAUGGACAAAACUGUGGAGAACUCCUCUAAACUAUGAAUAUUAAACAGCAAACCUUAUCAGUUGUACUUUUGUCUUUCAGAAUCUGUACUUGUACACGCCUGUAAGUUUUAUUCAGCAGAGUUCAGUUCUCUUUCAUUCUUUUUCAACUUCUGCGAUACGAAAGUCUUGAUCGAUUAAGGAGAGACUAAGGACGCUUAUGAAGAGGGCACCAUUGUUCUCACAGUCCUCUUUAGUUUUUUUUUAAUUAUUAUUAGAAUUAUUAUUUUUGCAUCAUGACUUGUUUUUCUUGGCCAUGAAGGACAUUUUCAUCUCUGCUAAUGAGCCAUCUGGAGGUGCAACUACUUUCUGGCCAGUUCAAGGACUGGACGUCCCACCUCUACAGCCUGUGCUUUGCUCCUGGCUCUGCUCAUGGAUUGUGUAUUGUUGCUGCCCCUGCAGGUUAUUGCUGUGUAGUGCAUCUAAAGACAGAAUAGUGCAAUGACUGUCAUUUUCUCUGGAAAACUUAAGAUGAUUUUACAGUACGUCACAACUAAUGUUUGCUUUUUGAAUUGUACUGGAUUGUUUUUUAAGUUUACAUUCCUCUUUAAAGAGAAAAAUAGAGUUGACCAUGAAGGUUAAAAAGGUGCUCUCAGUAAUUUUUUCAUUUGUAAAAAUUUUGAAAAAAAAGAGUGUACGCUUAAAAUUAUCAGUAUACUAAGAAAAAGCUUAUUCACAUGGAGUUGAACUGCCUCGCGUUAGAUCACAUGACCUACUAAAUAAUACUCACAAAAAUUGCACCUUGAAAGGAUAGAGCAGUAUUAAAUCAAUGGCAAAUGAAAUGUUUCAUGAACUAUGAGCUGAUCGUUUGAAAAUCUUGAAAAAAAUUAACACAACUUUAAUGGAAUGUUUCAUUUUAAAUGCAACGUGAACGCUAUUAAAAUCAUCUGGCAAGCUGUUGAAUACUUCAAAAAUAUUUUGAUAUGUCCCUUGGUUUGUAAAAAACAAAACAAAACCAUUUCAAGAAAUUAAUUUGCAAUGGAAAUAUAUGGGAUAAUUAUACAGACUUUUAACAUGGAGCAAACUCUGCCCACAAUUCCAUAAGCCUGGAAAUGUUGAAAUUAUAUUCUAUUAUUGUUAUGUACUUUUAUUAUAUUAUAUUCAUGCAAUCAACAGCAUGUCUGGAAUAUUUCUGUUUUUAAUUUCUGAAUUAUGUUCCACAGGGAGAUUUGUGCAUUGUUUCAACCAUGUUCUUGAAUUCCUCACAUUCAGAUGUUUUUAAUUUGUAAACUUAAUGCUCCCCAUUUUGUAUUAUUAAUAUCAUAUCCUUUUAUUGUCAGAUGCAUUUUGCUUGACAUUUUGUGAAUUGCUGAAAACUUGGACCCUAAGUGCGUUGGUUUUACUAGGCCAAGCUUAUGGAUAGUAUUGACAUGAUUGUUCUGGUGCCAUAAGUGGUGUGGAUAUGAAUUGUUUUUUGUUUCAAUUUGAAAUAAUAUGCCUUGUGUAUCUGUUUUUAAGCAGCGCACUUUAUAUGGAGAUCAGAUGUUUCCAUAGAGACGGCAUCUCUUAUGGGCCAUUUCAAACGCAGUAGAAACCUCUUUAAAUAACUUGUAUACUCAGUUUCAGUCUGUGGUAUGUCAUGUUAAUUAAUGUAGACAACGUAUUUUGUUUGUAUUCUGCAUCUCAGCAUCAAUGUAAAUGGCACUGAAGUGUCAUGGCUGACCGUAAACGUGAUCAUAGCUUUUUUUGCAGUAGUUUUAACUUAAGGGGUUCAUGAUGAUGAUCAUUUUUGUAUAAACUAUGAAUGUGGAAAAAAUGCAGUUAAAUGUUCACACGCACACUUGCGCUAGAAAAAACUCAUGAUUUCAAUGAAACACAAAGACAGCCUCAAGAGUCAAGGGAUCUUAAAUCCAAGGUUAUAAAGAGAGUGUCAGCAGCAUAAAAUGUGUUGUGAAAUUAAGUUUUGUUUUAAUCCUGUGUGAUGAGUUUACACCAUUUCAUUUGUACUUUUUAUCACAGUAUUGAUACUGACAUUAAGCUCUAUUUAAAGGCAAUCAAACUGAAGCCAAAAUGAAUGUAUGAAGUAAUUAAAAAGCUUCAGUCUAAUAUUAGAAGUCUUUUCAGUCAAGUACACUAGGCUUCAAAAGCUACCAAAAGACCCUGGUCAAGACACCUUUGUUGCAACGAACGCAUAACAUGUGAGAUGUCUUUAGACUACUUUUGACCAGAGAGAUCUUUGUCCUGGUCUCUAAACAGCUGUGGAAAAAAAAAAAAACAGUAAACAGUAUUGUUAUUCUGCAGUGAUAAGAAUAUCAAAAACAGAUAAAUGAACUACCGUCAUUUUACUUUGUACUCAGUGUAUUUCAGGGCUGUCCAAACUCGGUCCUGGAGGGCCGGUGUCCUGCAGAGUUUAG